UGUUUGACUGUUGUAUCGAGCAGUGCCGCGAUUAGCCAUGAGCCAUCUGCCGGACCUGGGGACGACGAUGCCGAUGCUAUCUGUCCUAGGUAAAUGGUACGGUCCAGUUCAGUCCAGUCCAGUACAGGACAGUAUCUUUUAUGUUGUCAAAACCUCUCUCUACUCUCCCUCCACACACUCUCUCUGAUAAUAAUGAACAACAUAAUGAGAUAGAGCAGGAAGGGAUGGAGGAAGAAAGGAAGACAUCACGGGAAGGGACAAAGCUAAACCCAUCGGAGAAUGGUGCGACAACGGAUUCGGACGAUCCACGAAACUUCCCACGCACAGGCGAAACGCAAACGAUCCAUGUGAGUGUUAGAGUCACUCGAGGGUCACAGUCCAGUCCAGUCCAGUCCUAUCCAGUGCCAGUCCCACUGCAGCAUUGCCCUCCGUGGAUUGGAUGGAUCGAUCACGGAUGUCCUCGCUCGCUCGCUCGCUCGCUAUUUUUAGAGCCCACGAACAACAACCCGCGCAAUUCCACCUGGGCAGCCAUCCAUCUCUUCCGUGUCUCCCAUGUCUCCACCUCUGCAGCUGUGUGUGUCUCUCUCCCACAGCUCUUCUCUCCCUCGGUUUCAGCUCUGGUCCCCGUUGUCGCGGAUGUGGUGGGUGGGUAUGGUAGAUACAAAUAUCUCAGUGGCGAGGACAGAUGUGGUUGGCGGGUAUGGUAUGGUAUGGUAUGGUAUGGUAUGCAGUACAGAUCGGUGGUCCGUACUGGUGAUGAUCUCAGAUGAAUGCAGGAGAGCACAGAGACGUCGCGCGUUUUCUUCUCGGGCAGUCACUCUCGUGCGAUGAGACGGACGGACAUGGUGAGAUCGGGCAUGUGAUAACCGAUGACUGUAGGAGUACUACUCUACACGUACUGGACUGGACUGGACUGGACUGGACUGGACUGGACUGGA